UUGGGUCCUUUGUCAAUUAUGCCAUUACCACAAGCAGGGCAGAGCAUAUACAAAAAGCAAAGGGCACGAGACGUAUAGAGCCGUGUUUCUGCCUGCUCUCGAAGGAAAAUCGGGUAUGGGUUCUAACAGUAUUGUUUCAAAUCGUUGGAUGUCAGAGAAGAUGAACUGCCUCGAUCUCUCACCCAAUUCUAACUCAGAUAAUGAAGAGGAAGAAGUUCAUGUACUGGCAGUGGAUGAUAGUUUUGUUGACCGCAAAGUCAUCGAGCGUUUGCUCAAAAUUUCAUCUUGUAAAGUGACAGCGGUGGACAGUGGAUGGGGAGCUCUAAAACUGCUUGGAUUAUUAGACGACGACGAAGAAGACAAGAGCAGCUCCUCCUCCUCCUCCUCAUCUGCUGGUUUUGAGGGGUUGAAGGUGGAUCUAAUAAUUACUGACUACUGUAUGCCUGGAAUGACAGGAUAUGAGUUGCUCAAGAAAAUCAAGGAAUCAUCUAGUUUCAGAGAAAUACCGGUUGUGAUUAUGUCAUCGGAGAACGUGAUGGCUCGAAUCGACCGAUGUUUGGAGGAAGGAGCUGAGGAGUUCAUAGCGAAACCAGUGAAAUUGUCAGACGUUAAACGACUGAGAGAUUACUACAUGGCAACCAGAGAGAUCAGAUCAGUUCAAAGCAGCAGCAAUGUUAACAAGAGAAAAUUACAGGAGAGUUUUGAUGUAUCUACAUCUUCAUCGCCACCCUCUAUCUCACCGUCUCCUUCGCCCUCCUCUGCGUCUCCACCAUCACUGUUCUCAUCAUCAGCGCCGUGUUCUCCCUCGUCUUUAGAUUCUCCGACUAGACGGAUCAAAAUGACGAGCUUCGAUUAGGUCCUCACCGUAAUACCCUUAUUCUAAUUCGAUUUACCCUCCGAUCAGACAAUGCUGGCAAUUCCCCAUCGAUUUUCACGGUUUUUGUUGCUAAUACACCUGCCCUUUUUAUUCUUUCGGUUCUUUUUACUCCUGUGGUCCCUGUUUUUUUCCAUUAAUUUAUGUGAGAAUUGAUAACAUCGGACGAGCCUCAAGAUGUGUUCUUGGAUUUCUAUGAAAUACUACGAAGAUAUAUCAUAUUAUAUAAUAAUAAAGGGGAAUGGAAUUGAAAAGAGGAGUUUUGUUAAA